AUGGCAGACGAAUUCUUCGACGACGACCUUGACGACGACGAUCUCCUUCUUGCAGUUGAUGAGGUGCUGGUAUCGCGAAGCUCGGCACCAUCUUCUUCCACAUCCGGGGCCGUAGUACCGCCGGCCUACCAGAACAAUUCGGGCUUUCAGUCAGUAGCAACGAUACCUCCUGGGGCGACAGGCGCUCGACCGCCCGGCCCACCACCGAACCAGCCGCCGAGAACGUUACAACGCCAAAUCUCCAUCCCGAGACAGCAAACCGCGUCGCAGUCGCGCCAGGGCCAGCUCCUCCGCCAGGCAACGCUCUUUGGCGAUACAGUGCAGGAGGCGCCCACGCAUCACGAGCUUGACGACGAGGCGCUCAAAACGUGGGUGUAUCCGAUGAACCUAGGCGCCAUCCGCGACUAUCAAUACAGCAUUGUUAAGAACAGCCUUUUCAACAAUACUCUCGUCGCGUUGCCCACAGGUCUGGGAAAGACUUUUAUUGCUGCCACUGCCAUGCUCAACUUCUACCGCUGGACGAAGAAGGCUCAAAUCGUCUUCGUCGCGCCUACAAAGCCGCUCGUGUCACAACAGACACUCCAAAACGACUUGUCCGCCGGCUACGCAGACCCUAAAAACAUCGUGCUCCUGGUUGUAGAUGAGGCACACCGCGCGGUAGGAGAGUACGCAUACGCCAAGGUGAUCAAAUUCAUACGGCGCUUCUCAAACAGCGUCCGAGUACUGGCCCUGACCGCCACCCCUGGUUCUAAAAUCGAGACGGUGCAGGAGGUGAUUGACAACCUCGGCAUAUCCCAUGUCGAAAUCCGCACCGAAGAAUCCCUCGACAUCCGCCAAUAUGUCCAUCGCCGAGACAUCGAAGAGGAAGUCCUCGAUCCGUCAGACGAGAUCAACCAGGUAAAAGAGCUCUUUAGCCUGACGCUCAAGCCUCUUGUUGAAAGGCUCUCGCAGCAAAAUAUCUACUGGGGUCGAGACCCCAUGGCACUGUCGACGUUUGGCCUGCUCAAAACCCAAAAGGACUGGUUCGCUGGCCCAGGUCGGCGCGCGAACCAGGGGCUUCAGAGCAUGAUGCGGGCCAUCUUCGGUGUGCUCACGAGUCUCGCCCACUCCAUCAAGCUCCUCAAUUUCCACGGCAUCAAACCGUUUUACGACAACAUGGCCACGUUCCGGAGCGAAGUCGAAGCUAAGGGCAAGGGCGGCUCCAAGUAUCGAAACGGCAUUGUAAAGGACAAGAAUUUUGUGGAAAUGAUGGACAAGAUUGAAUCGUGGCUGUGCAUGCCUGAUUUUGUUGGCCACCCGAAACUCUCAAUUCUCACGGAUAGGAUCCUGAACCACUUCAUGGACCAGUCUACGCAGGCUGCGACGAGCAAGGUGAUUGUUUUCAGCGAGUACCGCGACAGCGCCGAUGAGAUUGUCCGAAUCCUCAACUUCCACCGGCCCAUGAUCCGAGCCAACAUUUUCGUUGGCCAGGCCGACUCGAAACGAUCUGAGGGAAUGAAACAGGCCCAGCAGAUCCAAACCAUCGAAGACUUCCGAGCCGGCAAGUUCAACGUGCUGGUAGCGACAUCUAUCGGCGAAGAAGGCCUGGAUAUUGGCCAAGUUGACCUCAUCGUCUGCUACGAUGCAUCAGCGUCGCCAAUCCGAAUGCUGCAGCGCAUGGGUCGAACCGGCCGAAAGCGAGCGGGAAGGAUCAUCCUCUUGCUCAUGCGAGGCAAAGAAGAGGACAAUUACGCCAAAUCUAAGGAUUCGUACUCGGCGAUGCAAAAGCUCAUCUGCGAGGGAGCCGCUUUAACUUCCCGCACCAUCGAGAUACCAGUGGAAAACACGCAAGUGCAGGGCCUCCCCGAGCCCAAGAAGACGCGGGCACCGAAGAAGAAGAAACCACCCAAGAAAUUUCACAUGCCAGACGGUGUCAUCACAGGAUUUACGCCCGAGCCCCUCGAGACGGACUUUGUGGUCGACGUGCCGCCGCUAGACAAGGUGGCACUCACAAAGGCGCAGCAGAGUCAGUUUCGAAGAGUGUACCAGCUGGUGCAUGGCCACCAGGAGGAGAAUGUGUUUGUAGACAUGAGCAGGCACCCUGAGCUGCAGAGGACAUUACGGCCGACCGUCGGGGUGCGCCACGGGCACUACACAAAGAGAGUAGUGAAUUUACUCGGUCGUAUCUCCAAGGAAACGCAGUCGGAAUACCCGCCGCUCGAUCCUCCCCGCUACAGGCACCUGCCCAUGCCGAGGCUCGUCGACUCCUCAGGGAGAUGGCCCAACCGGACACCGCGGAAGCGCGACCCGGCUCUCGCACUUUGCGUCCUCGGACAUCGAGGAGCCCCCACACCUGACGAACCGGGCCGCUUGAAGAGAAAGAAGCAGAAGCCCGCGCAGGCGUAUGCCCGAAACCUAGACGCCGAAGGCGACACCUGUGAUUCGGAAGAGGAGAUUCGCGGCGACGACGGCGACGACGGGGCCGAUUUGCUGGGGUUCAUCGUGUCCGACUCGGACCUGGAGCUUGAAAUAUCACCUGCACGCAAUAAACCAGUAAAGAGCAUGAAGAUGAAGAAGCCUCUGAAGGGUCCGAAGGAGGAGAGGAAGAAGGCGACGGCAAAACCGAAACCAAAACCCAAGACAUCCAACACGCAUGCUCGAGCUACCUCCAUCCUCGAUGACGAUGAUCUAUUUGGAAGCGACGACAUGCCCUCCUUAGCCAGCUUGUCAACAAUAGCACGGUCACCACCGCCGCAGCCCUCCAGCCGAAUCGCGCAGCGGCGUCGGUAG